AUGAAUCAACCAUAUAUACGUAAGAUUAGUCUCAUUAAUGUUAAGGAUAAAAAAGUUAGGAGGAAACCUCCAAAACUUUGCUCUCAAUGUAAGGAGACCGAUAGUUGUUUCAAAUUAUUUUCUAAUAAAGUCAAUAGAAUUGAAGAAAUUGUUGAUAAUUUAUAUAACAAUCUUCAAAAAAAGAAGAUUGAAAAUUUCCCGAUAUAUCAGGCAAAAUUUAUUCUUAAUAAAGUUCCUUGCGAAAUAGAAUACGAUUUGUCAAAUUUCACUUUAGAAGAAUUAGAAAAAUUAGGCAAUUUUACAAUUCAAAAUUUCAUUGGAGAUAAUUAUUCACAUUCUACCUCUUUUAAUCAAAAUGAGAAUAAAAAGUUUUCUCUCAAUCAUGUUCCUUGCGAAUUAGAUUUCACUUCAGAAAUUAGUUAA